AUGGCGACAACUCCCAGCAAAGCCAUUGUAGCUUCCACCCCUGGUCCUACUCACCACGGAGCAGAGAAUUGGGAGAUGACCAAUAUUCUCGUUCCUACAGACCUCAAAGAUGGAGAGAUCUUGGUCGAAAUGGUCGCGACGGGAAUCUGCCAUACGGAUAUCUCGUUGACCAACCCGGAGAUGGGACAGACUUUCCCAAUUGUGCCGGGUCAUGAAGGAUCUGGGUAUGUCAAAGCCGUAGGUCCGAAUGUCAAGAAAGCACUCCAAGUCGGAGAUCCAGUGCUUCUGUCGUUCGACAGCUGUGAGAAGUGUCACUCCUGCCAAUCCCAAAGACCCGCAUAUUGCGACACAUUCGCUCCAAUGAACCUUUUCGGCGAGCAGGAUGUCUUCAAGUCGGAAGACGGGAACUCACCAAUCGCAGCGAAGUUUUUUGGACAUUCGAGUUUUGCGAAAUUGAGCAUUGUGAAAGAGAGUACCGUGCUUCCCGCCAAAGAUCUGAUCCAAAGUGAAGAGGAGUUGAAGUUGUUUGCUCCCCUUGGGUGUGGUAUACAGACGGGUGCGGGUGCGAUCUUGAACCUCGUGAAGCCCGGGCCGGAGGAUCGUGUGUUGGUUUGUGGGCUGGGUGGAGUGGGCUUGAGUGCCGUUAUGGGAGCCCACAUCGCAGGAUGCAAGCAGAUUAUUGCGGUAGACAAAGUCCAAGAGCGUAUCGAUCUCGCUAAGAAUGUGUUUGGAGCAACACAUGGGUUGAACACCACUGGUCUGACGGAUCUGACGCAGGCGAUGAGAGAAAUCGCGGCAGGGAGAGGACCUACCGUGGUGAUCGAAACAACCGGUUUCCCUCCUGUCCUCGAAGGCGCAUACUACGCCCUCGACACGAAAGGCUCGUUCGUCCAAGUCGGCGGACCUGUGGAUCCCAAAUACAGAUUCUCCAUGGAUCUCGUACAGCAUCUCUUCCGCGGAGUCAAAUUGUUCGGUUGUGUGGAAGGAGACAGCAUUCCCGGAGAGUUCAUCCCGGAGAUGAUCAAAGGAGUUAUCUUGACUGAUGGUAUGGUAGUGGACAAGAUGGUCAAGUAUUAUGAUGCCGAGGACUUCAAGACGGCCUUGCAUGACAUGCAUUCCGGGAAAACGAUUAAACCGAUCCUCGUAUGGUGA